UUUUAUUUUAGAUAGCAUUUUUGGACCCCAUAAAAAUUCCAUUGAUGGGCUACGCAGUUUUUUCUCAAGUUAUAAUCAACAUUCCUAGACAGGAGUUGCAUCUUAGAUAUCGAAAAUUAUGUUACCGGGGUAUAGCGAGUGCGAAUGAAAGAUAUUUUUUAUCUGAAUUGCCGCGUAAGAGAAAUGUUGCUGGUGGUUUGAGAAGCGAACGAAUGUCGCGUGCGUCGGCAAUGUCUCGUUCUUCAGUAAUGUCUCACGCUUCAAUAGAAUUUGAAGAUCGAAUGGAUCCCAAAUUUACGAGUUUACAAGACGAAGACUGGGAGAUCAUAUUUCGCGAUGAUCCAAUGCCAUCAGUAAGAGACUUAGAUCUUGCCGUAGAACAAACAAUUUUAAACGAUCAACUAUGCAUCAAUUACGAUGAAUUAAAGAAACAUAGCAUCACUCGUAAAUGCAGAAUCAUUCCAGAUUUUAAAGUACCUGCUUACAGGUUGGAAUUUGGCAAUGUCAUAGUAGAUACAUCAGUAGUAUUUUCUUUACGUAUUACCAAUAUUUGUCCAGAACCUGCAAUUGUAAAGGUACUCAAAUCAAACCUGCUAUCCUUGUAUGCAAACGACUUGUCAAUAGAAUAUAAACCUACAGUACUUAACUAUAAUGAAUCUUUACCAAUGCACAUAAUGCUCAGGCCUAGUAUGAAAGCAUCAAAUUCCAUGGGUUAUGACGACAAAUGUAUACGAGAUAUCUUAUAUUUGGCAGUUUCUCAUGGAGCCACCAUACCAAUAAUUAUUACUGCAACCGUUGCCUUGCCAAGAUUCGGUUUCAUACAUAAAUGUAUAGAUUUUGGAAUGAUUAAAAUUGGGAAUGCAUAUAGGCAAUCUGUUAUCAUUGAGAAUCGUGGUUGUUUAACUUGCUAUUGGGAUACAGAAGUGCGGUCUUUAAAUGAUAUGAAACCGGCAUAUUACGUUAUUCCUAACAAAGGAGAAUUAUUGGCAUUCGAACAAGGUAUAAUGAACAUAUAUUUUAUGCCUGAGAAAAAAGGAUUUUGUAGUGCAGAAGUUGUAGUGCAAGUCCAAGGAACUCCUCGUCAGGUAAAAAUGAAACUAUGUGGCGAUGGUGUUCAGCCAACGUUGGUAUUUAAAGACGCCAAUGUAAAAUUUUUCCCUUGCAUUCCAUAUACAACGGACACAGUUGAAUUACUUGUACAAAACGUUUCUACCUUUCCAAUAGAAUUUUGUUUUUCCGAUUUUGAACAGUGUUAUGACGAAGAAAAGAUGCUAGUCGAAUUAUUUUUAAAUUAUUACAACUUGAAAACAAUUUUAAUUCCCGAAAGAGAAUUAGGAGGAGGUAUACCUGAAAUUUUCCUAUCGACUUAUCAAAUGCUUGAAAGUGACUUAAAAAAAAUAUAUAGAAACCUCGAAUGUGAAGAUGGUUCAGAAACAGAUAUAUUAGCUGGAUACACUAAAGACAAGAUUGUUGACUUAAUUAAUAAAUAUUUAUAUGCUAUUGUAUUGGAAGAAGCUACACACGAAAAACAAGAGAAUACGACUGAUAUUUAUCCGGUGGAAAAUAAAGGUAUUGAAGGGUUAGCAAUUAUAGAUCCUGUCAUUCCAAUUGAUGGGCUACCGGAAAAGAAAGGAGUGGUUGUGAUUUUUCAUGGAGCCCCUAAGACAGAAUACGUUCGAGCUGCACUUAGCGCAGCAAAAUUUUUGUCAUUGGAGCCCUACAGUAUCGAUAAAUUAAUCUACGAGGAACUAAUAAACGGCAAAUCAAAUUCUGCUGAAAUAAUAAACAAUUUGAUAGAAGAAGCUUUAAAUGAUUACGAAGACGUAUUUUUAGAAAGUGAGCAAGAUGAUGAGUACGAUAUACUGGAGAAAAAAAUCAACAUUAUUUUACAUUCAAAACCGAUUGCUAAAAAGAAAGCUGUGAAAGAGGACAAGACGGCGAUCAAAGGAGAUGACAAAGAUACAAGCAAAACAGAUCGAAGCAAAACUCAUGAAAGAAGAGGUUCGAAAGAUAAAAAAGUGUCCGAAACAUUGUUAGAAAUAUCGCCAGAAUAUUUUUCUGAAUUAAUGAAAUCAAAAAUCGAGAAAAUUGCUGUUCCUUCUUUGGUAAUAGAGAGUUUAGACAGCGUUUUUAUAAAAACUCCAAUCUUGGCUCUGGAGUGUCUUUUACAUGGAAUUGGAAAUAUGCGAUAUAUCCAAGUAGUGAUAUUGUCAUUAACACUUGAUGAAUACCUAGUUGAUGAAGCCAAAAUGAUUCUGGAAGAACAACCAGCAGAGCAAAAAGUUUCAACACAUACAAUGAAAGAAAAAGCAAAUAAAGACAAGAUUGAUAAAAAGGAAGUAAUUCAUAAAGCUUCGAUUAGUAAUACCGGUGAUGAAAAACUAGACCACAUGAUAGAUGAAAAAAUACAAGUGAUAUCAAAGGUGAUGCCUAGCGGAUUGGAUCAACAGUUCAAAGCUUUUGGUCUUUUUAUUCUUGAUCUAAACGAUGUGUGCGAAUCGUGGAAUAGAAAAUAUGGCGCAUUAACUGAAGUUGAAUCGACGGCGGCACCAGCAGCGCCUGGUCCAAUAUCACAAAGUAAAUUAAAGAAAGUCAAGAAAAAGUCACUUACUGGACUACUAAAAUUUACAAAUGCAAUGACUGUGGUCGAUUUAACAAAUUGUGGCAUACCUCUGAUAAUCAUUGACAAUGCUCUAUCAAUUAAAGACAAUUGCUUGUUAGACUCGAUAAAUAGAACAUUAUACUUGAAUGAAGAAUUAAAUGCAGCACUAGAGAGUAUAAGAAGCACAGCGAUACUAGAGAAUAUUCAGGAAUCGAAUUUUAUGUAUUCUGUUGUAAAAGGAAUUGCUAGAUUCAAUAAGAAUCUCUCGGACGUUUUUAAAAUCAUAAAUAUUCCAUCCGAAGAAAUAGAAGAGAAUGAUACAGGAAGUACUUCGAAUGUAUCAGUAGUUUUUUACCGUGCAGAAUCUACUUUCAAAACUGGAAAAAGUAAGCGGAAGAAAAAAAUCAUAUGGUGCCAAAAGCGAUCAUUUAUUACAGGAAACAAUAUUAAAAAGUGAUGAUCUAUUUUCUGGCAGAACAGUUAUUAGUCCUGGUGAAAUACUGAAGUAUGAAAUAACUUUUAAUCCUCAAAGUUUGGGAGUGUUCAGUCAUAAAUACCGGUUGGAGAUCAUAGGAUAUCGCCCUAGCCUAUUUGUAAAAUGUCAAGCUAACAGUAUUUUGCCAAAACUGGAUUAUACACCAGAAGUGAUGUUUAAUAAAUGUAUAGAUAGCGUUGUUGACAAGAGAAUUGACGAUAAUUUUAUUUACAUAAAAGAUGUUAAAUCACUGGAUUUUGGAACUAUUCUUGCAGCAGGAGCCAGGACCCCACCGUACUGUACAAAAAUUAAACUAAAAACGAUAUCUCAAAUACCAUGUCAAACAACCGUACAAUUAGAGGAACAGUCACAGUUUACCAUACGAAAUUCAAACGAUUAUAUGAUCCCUAAUGAGGCGGAAGUCGAAAUUGAAUUAUCGAUUCAAGGAAAAAGAAGAGGAAAUAUUGAAUCUGAGUUGUACAUAGCCAUAACAAAUAAUCCCUUUGUUUAUAGGUUGAGGUUGACAGCGGAAGUGGUGCCUUUAGAUUUCAGCUUUUCUCCGCAUUUUUUGAAUUUUGACAAAAUUCCCCUGGAUUAUUUAUCGAGACAAUACAUAAAAUUGACAAAUUCGACUUCCGUUAAUUUAAAAUGGAGGUUUAUAAGAUACGAUUGGGCAACUAGAAUUUACAAAAUUAGUAAAUUGCGAGGAGAAAUUAAAUUAUACUCAGUUGAUAGGGUAGAAUUUGAAUUUAAACCCACAAGAGAAGAAAUUUAUCCAUCGAGAACAAUUGACAUUCAGAUUUUUGAUCCACUCUGUUCUGAAGAAAUUCCAUUAUUGGUUGAUUCUAUUACUUUGCAGUCAGAAGCAGUCGAAAUUCUUGUAAAUUGUGUAGAUUUAAUUGAUCUUGGUGAUAUAAAGGGUAAAAGGGAAUAUAAAUUUCCUCUUAAAAUCAACAAUAAUGGAAAAACUAGUGUUCAACUGAUGAUAGAAAAAAUGGUUAACCCUGCCAAAGCCCAUUUUCAUAGGGUUAGACGUAUUUUUCAGUAUAGUACGAAUUCUGAAAUUUUGCAUCCAAAUAAAAAUUCAGGAAUAACAAUUAAAUUUAAUCCAACCGAAGAGAUAGAAUUUCAGGCAGUACCUGUAUUUCUAUGUCAAAUUCUGGACCCAAAUAAACCACAAAAUGUUGUAAAAAAAUUUCAAAUUAAAUAUUCUGCUACAGUAAUAUUAUCUAAAUUUUCUAUAUGCCCAGUUAGCGAUGUCCAUUUUGGUUCCCUAGAAGUAUGGAAUAAGAGAACUCAAAUGUUACAAUUAAAAAAUAUCGGAAAAUCUGCUUUCAGCUAUAAUAUGUGUUAUGUAAAUCCAAAUGGAACCGAUGCUACAUUACAAAAAGUAGUUGAAGAAAAAAAAACCAAAGAAAUUAAACACGGUCGAUCAAGUUUAAUCAAAUUAAAAACUAUAGCCAAUACAAACUCGUUGGAAAUACCAGGGUACACAAUAUUUCCAUCUAACGGUAAUGUUGAAGUCGGACAAUCUGCAGAAAUAACCUUAAUAUUUCAACCGAACUCUCUUGGUGUCUAUAAAGAAAGAGUCCUGCUAACAGUUUCAGAACCAGCCAAGGAGCAUAUUGAUGGAACAGAAAUAACUCUUUAUGGGGAAGCAUCGGAGCCUUGGAUAGAUUUUACCACUUUACGCAAAAUGUUCAAGGAGCAUUAUAUUGUGAAUAGUGAGGAAGAUCUUGUAGUUCCUUCAGAUAUUGGAACUCAUACUUAUUUUGUUAUUUCAAAAAACACUCUUUAUUUUGAGAAUGUCUGUGUAAAAAAAGAAUGCCAAGCAAAAAUUUACCUUCAAAACUUGGGACAACUUAUUGCCGUUGUAGUCGGAAAAGUUCAUAAUUCCAAUAAUUUUACUGUUUCUCCAACACAGUUCACAGUUGAUCCAUAUCUUACAGAAGUUAUUACAGUUACAUUUAAACCUGACUCUAUAAAUACUUUUGAAGCUACUUUAGAAAUAGGCUCCAAUGCAACAACUAAUAAUAUUUUUGAAUUGUUGUUACGCGGACGAAGUUACGUUCCUCAAAUAAAAUUAGCAGAAUUGCCUUCACCGGAAGAAAAUGAGAACAUGUACAAAGUUUUUUUCAAGCCUACGUAUCUUAAAAAAAUUGAGAUACAAAAAGUUAAAAUAAUUAAUAUUGGGGUACUUGAAUGUCAAGUGAUAAUUGACGUUACUGACAGUGGCAAAUCCAUGUUUUAUGUACUACAGACCGAAAAUUUGUUAGAGUUCGAUAAACAAAUAGACGACAAUUUUGUUGCAUCAUCAGUAAAAGUCAACUUAAAGCCUUUCGAAUCUACUGACGUUUAUUUAGUUUUCAAGCCACGCAAAGAAGUGAUAAUAAGCAGUUUUAUUAAUAUUUUUAUCAUUGAUAACCCGUUUGAGACAUAUCAGAUUGAAGUAUUUGGACAAUGUUACGGAGGAGAUAUAUACAUCAAUAAUCUAGAAGCUUUUAAUCCGAAAAAAUGGUCUUCACAAAAUAAAACUAUAUCGUACCUACUCGAUUUAGGACAAACUCCAUUAAAAUUGGUGCAAAAGAAAUGUUUUACGGUUACCAAUAAUUCUGAAAAAGAAAUUUACAGAUUCGAAUUUUGUUACGAUAUUCAUACGUUGAAAUUAAUACCCAGAGUUGGUCAUCUAAAACCUCUUUCUUCUAAGGAAAUUUUGGCGGUGAAUAUGUCAAACUUACCAAAUUCUGUAUCAAAAGAAAUUAUAUAUUUUCAAUACAUUUCAAUCACUUAUAUAACUGAAGAGCCAAUUACAAUCUCGUGGGAUGAACGUCAGCAGUUGCUGUCUUGGAUACAAACUGGUAUUGGUAUUGUUGAAGAUGCACAUGUUCAGCAAUAUUUUAGAAAUUGUGUUGAAGCAGCAACAGAAGCAUUCUUAAAGAUGAAAGACUGUAAAAAAGAAGAAAUAACAGAAAAAUUGAAAUUAUCCCUCGAACGGAGAGAACCGGAGAUUAUGUAUAAUUCAGAUGAAUGGAAAAUUAUUGAUAUUAUGUUAUCAUUUACUACUGAUUAUGCUCUCUACUCACAUUCGACUACAGAAUUACAUUUUCCCGAUACUUUCGUUAGAGACAAAAGUGAACUGACAUUCAAAAUAAAAAAUUGCGGUAGAGUUCCGAUAUUUAUAGAUUGGAAAUUUACAAUCGAUGGUAUAGCCCCAAAAUACCCUUUUAUGGAAAUAAUUAAAUCAGAACAAGAAGAUGGAUCUUCUGUGGAUAUAGUUUCGUCGUUUGAAAGCUGUUUAAGUACUGCUAGCAGUCAUAUUGGAAGCCAAUCUGAAGUAUACAUUUCUCACCCACACCUACUGGAAAUAGUACCAAAGAAGACAACCAUAUCAGUAAAGGAAACAUGCGAAUUUCGAGUAAUUUUUUCUCCUCUAUCUGCUUGUCACUACACAGCUAGACUCACUUCUGAAAUAGAAUCUCUCCAUCCUGAUCUUAAAAACGUGCAUAUAUCAAUCACUGCAGAAAGCCUACAUCCUGACUAUUAUUUUGAACUGGAAGAUUCUGAUUAUUUGACAAGACGUACAAUGAAAAGGUGUCUUAAAUUUAUAGACGCGAACUUCAAGAUUUUAGAAAUCCAUGCUGUUGGAGUUGGUAUAACGACUGUUAAACAUUUCUUUGUUUUAAAUACAAGCUAUCUUCCACUGAAUUUUAAAAUAGAACGUCUAGAACAAGUGGACCUCUCUUAUUUCAACUGUAAAACACCAUCAGGAACAAUCCAAAAAAGAAAAAAGUUUGAACUGGUUUUUGCAUUCACUACGCAAGAACUGGGAGUAUUUGAAGACGAAUAUUUAUUUAAAACUGAUAGAAAAACAAUAGAUAAAGAACUUCAAAGCAGCUAUAUAGAAACCAAAUUCUUGGUUGUUGGUUUAUGCAGAAAUCCGAGAGUGUAUUUCAAAAGGGCCCAUCUUAACCUUGCUCCAACUCUCUUGAGGAUACCAACUGAAGAAACGAUUUUUUUGAAAAAUGAAGAAGAUGAGGAAUUAGGAUUCAAGAUAUUAAAAGAGAGUUUAUUUUCUUAUGAUCAUGUUCAAAAACUUAAAAUUAUUCCUAAUUCAGGAUGUAUUCCACCCAAAACGGAAAUAACAAUGAGAUUAAUCUAUAAUGCUGAAACAGUAGGAGAGUCGACAUUUUCUGUACAGUGUGUCGUAGACAGAAUGACAACUCCGUUGACAUUAAACGUUUCGACAACGUGUUUAGAAGUUGAAUGUAAAAUACAGUAUAUUGAUCAAAGUGGUGAAGAAAUAACUUUGGAUCCCAAUAUUGAAAAUAUUAUUGAUCUGGGAAAGAUUGGCAUUAAAACUAAAAAUAUUAUCACAUUUAUAUUUUCAAAUAUUGGCAAAACUGGAUUCUUCUAUACAUGGCAUUAUAAAAAAACGAAUAUUGAGCACUUAAUAAACGUUUCACCAAAGAAAGAUAAAGAAUUUAUCUCAUCAGGUUCUUCAGUUAAACGUGAGCUCACUUUUGAGACGUUUAAAAAAUACAAUCUUGCAAAUUUUCCAAUGAAAAUCGAGAUUUCUUAUGGACCCAUAUAUAAUAUGAAGUUCUUCGUUGCAGCGGAAUUUCCUUCAUGUAAACUUUCGUUUACUUAUUAUAAUUUUGGAAAUUGUCUAAUACAACCGUUUUUCACCAAAAAUUAUACAAAUAUGCUAAUUGUCAAAAAUUUCGAGCCAAUUCCUGUUAAACUUGACAAUAUUUUCGAAAACAAUGAACAUCUAACGGUAGAUUUUAAAACAGAAAUCAUCCAACCACAAUGCAAGAAAAAAUUACCAUUCUAUUUUCAUCCAAAAAAAGAGGGUCACUACGAAUUUAUGGUUCCCAUUGUCUUGAACUGUACCAGACGUUUUAUCAAAAUAAAUGGUUGUGGAGUUAAGAUUAACUUGCAGUUAGCAAAUCCGGCUGAUAAGUUUAUUGAUUUGGGAGAGGUGAAAUUGGGAGAAACUAGCAGGCACACAUUCUUUGUGGUUAAUAGAACUCCAACACCGUUAGAUACAAAGCUGUUCUUGUCCCAAGAUUUUCCAGUUGAAAAGAAGGAAUUUGAACAAUUAAAACCAGAAAUAACUGUUAAUGUACCGUUCUCUACAUCGAAGCUGGCCAAAACCCAAACACAAGGAAAAAUAACAGGCAAAAAGAAGAAGGAAGAAAAAUUAAAUACUACUAAAACAAGCAUCACAAAAGAUGAAGAAACGUCAUUAACAGUUGCCGUGACGGAACCACAGAAACCUUACUUUUUCAUUGAACCCAAUACAUCCGUUAAAAUGGAUUUCAACAAAAAAUAUCAAUUUGUUGUGGAAUUUCAACCAAAUGAAAGAUUAGAAAACUUCUCACAAAAAAUAUUUUAUAAAAUUCAAAAUUUUAUUGCUCCGUUAUGUUCAGUGAAAGGAAAAUGUUUGAUCACCGAAUUUUCUUUAGACAAAGAAGUAUUAACCUUUUCUAAUGUAUUAAUUGACGCAACACGUGUUAAAUAUGUUCUGCUGAGAAAUACUGGAGAUUUGCCACUUAGGUUCAGAUGGCAGAAUGAGUAUUUGGAAUACUUUAAAGUUCAUCCUAUUGAAGGAUAUGUGAAACCUAAGUCUGACGUAAAAGUAGACUUUUCUUUUAAAGUCAGUACCGUAAAGUUCCAGUUGGUAAAAAAGUGUAAUUGUAUUAUAAAUAAUAAGCAUCCACUUGAAUUAACAUUGGUAGCCAAUUCAAUUACCAAACCGCCUCCAGUCUCAACGAUAAUAUUUAGUUGUCCCGUUAGACAAAAAAUAACUCAAAACGUUGAUAUUGUAAACAAAACUACAACUUUAUGGCGUCUGUAUCCUGUAUUAUCAAAUAAGAACUUUGUAAUACCCUCGGAGAUUGUAGUCGAACCAGAAUCCGUUAGUGCCGUUCCUGUAGAAUAUCAUCCAAAAUUGAUUUUGGAUGAACAGGCCACUCUCAUUCUGCCAUUACCCGACGAAGAAAUUUUGUACGAAUUUAUCGGAAAGACCCUACCACCUUUGCCAGAAAAGAAACUCUCUAUCGAAAUAAAAAGCAAACAAAACUAUUGGCAAAUUCUCCCUGUAUAUAAUUCGACAGACUUUAAGCAAUGUUUCGAAGUCGAAACUGUAUUUAUGAGUCCUCCUUCGCCUAAAGUGUUAUUCAAAACAUUUGGACUUAAUUUAGUGGAGCUUCAACCUGGAGAGGUCAAAGAAUAUAAGUGGAAUAUUUAUGUUAUAAAUGAGGAACCGCUAGAGCUUCAGGUUAUAUUCAAAGAUAAACAGUCAAAUGAAUACAUGUUUUACGAGAUUUUUGUCAAGGUUCUUCCACCCGAACCGAUAGAUACCAUACAGUUACUAACAUGCGUAAGACAACCAGUAAAAACUAAAAUAAAGAUGAAAAAUCCCAUAAAUGUACCAGUCGAAUUUUAUAUAGUAAGUCCUUGUUCGGAGCUUCAUUUCAAGAGUGUUAUUACUAUGGAACCAUAUAGUAAACAAGAAUUAGAAGUUUUGUAUUAUCCAGUAAAAAAUGGAGAAUUUGUUACCACCCUCGAAGCAAAAUCCGAAGAGCUUGGAGUAUUUACGUACAUUCUUUAUCUAACGGCAAAUUUACCGGAUAUUGAGAAAAUCUUGAAAUACGUUGUAGAACUUGGAAGCAGAGAAUAUGCAACGGCAGAGAUUAAAAAUACUUUUUCUGCUCUCAUGGAUAUUUCUCUUAAGUUUGAUGACGCAGAAUUCUGG